CUCGAUGCAGUAUUUAGUUUGGAUGGAGAGCUAUGGAAACGUUUGAAAUACCAAUAUCUGAAUGUUUGCUUGUUUAGUGUUUACUUGCAAAGCUUUCACAUUAUAAUCCCUUUGAUUCUCUUCGAUAAAGAGAGCGUGGAGGACGUUUCAGUGCAAGAGUCUUAUUGGACUUUUAUGCGGCACUUAAUAGUAAAGUAGCAAUCAACAUUUAGUAGUUAUCAGAAGGCAAUAUCCAAGAGAUUCAUCUAACUAUAACAACUCAUACGGUUUUGGCGCRAAGUCAAAUUAUUGGCAGAGGAMAAUGUUUAACUUAACCCUUAGUAAUCUUACUACGCCAAUCUACCAGAGCACAACAUCAAAACCAACAAGCGAUAAGUGCAUCAUCGAGUUUUACGAGGGAACAGCUAUCAUUGUGAUAAACUUCUUCCUGAUCGUCAUCGGAUCAUGUGGAAACCUCCUCAUCGUUUUCGCAGUUUUAAAAACUCCUCGUCUUCGUCAGAGACCGUCCAACUUUCUUCUUCUCAGCCUGGCAGUGGCUGACCUGCUUGUGACGAUGUGCGCACAGCCAUUGCAUGCGAUUUCAAUGUGCUUUAAGACCUAUAAGCAUCAUUGUAUCGAMGAAAUUGACUUUAUCUAUGAUGUAACUGGGAAUUUCUCCUUCUUCUGCUCGAUUUUCCAUCUUUCAGCUGUUAGCAUUGACCGCGCACUCGCAGCAACAAAACCACACACYCACCAAGAUAUCAUGAAGAAAAAAGGCCUGAAAAUCAUGUUGGCGACUUGUUGGUGCAGCGCUCUAGUGUUCGUCUGCCUCCGUGUUCCAUUACCAGAGGCAAUGAUGCUCUCAAUUGCGUUAAUUUUCUUUAACUACGCAAUAAUCAUCAUCGCUUACAUUGUGAUUCUGCAUCAGAUAUUCCAUGGUGAAAAGGUGAAGUCAAACGACUCCGCUGCGCUGGCGGGGGSCACGAAAGCCGCGCGCGAUCUCCGCAUGGAGAAGCGUGUUUCUGGGACAAUYUUGAUUGUGAUUUUGUUCUUUUCRAUCUGUGCUCUGCCUCUUGUCGGKUUUUACCUUUCYGUUCGAAGCGCAGURUUAAGAGAUAUUGGCAGCGUUGUCUACAUGUGGAUCCGMACCUUGGCGUUGUCUAAYUCYUCRAUGAAUUUCAUCGUSUACAGCCUCCGCAUCAACCAUUUCCGUGUGGCGUACCUCAGGAUCUUGCGUAACUUAUCGCGCAAGCCAAGAGCGUUAUUUGGUUUGUCUAACUACCCCACGAGCUUGCAUGACAGCGUUACCGACACUGCCGAUCAGCUCAGUCGAAACGAUGCAGGAAAUGAUCCUAAAGUAUUGCAGAUUACUGUUGUUAGCAAAUUGAGCCCUGAAAACAGCCGGAAUGUGGAAGGACAGAAAGUGAAUCAAGUACAAUCAUCUGUAGCUGAUCCCUACGCCAUUCCUGGUCAAAUUUAUCAAACAUGCAUUGAUGAAAACAUAGUUUCUAUCUCUGAUGAAGCCAAACGAAGACAGAAUCAACGAAGAAAAUGCUNAAUGAUGCUCUCAAUUGCGUUAAUUUUCUUUAACUACGCAAUAAUCAUCAUCGCUUACAUUGUGAUUCUGCAUCAGAUAUUCCAUGGUGAAAAGGUGAAGUCAAACGACUCCGCUGCGCUGGCGGGGGGCACGAAAGCCGCGCGCGAUCUCCGCAUGGAGAAGCGUGUUUCUGGGACAAUCUUGAUUGUGAUUUUGUUCUUUUCAAUCUGUGCUCUGCCUCUUGUCGGUUUUUACCUUUCCGUUCGAAGCGCAGUAUUAAGAGAUAUUGGCAGCGUUGUCUACAUGUGGAUCCGAACCUUGGCGUUGUCUAAUUCUUCGAUGAAUUUCAUCGUCUACAGCCUCCGCAUCAACCAUUUCCGUGUGGCGUACCUCAGGAUCUUGCGUAACUUAUCGCGCAAGCCAAGAGCGUUAUUUGGUUUGUCUAACUACCCCACGAGCUUGCAUGACAGCGUUACCGACACUGCCGAUCAGCUCAGUCGAAACGAUGCAGGAAAUGAUCCUAAAGUAUUGCAGAUUACUGUUGUUAGCAAAUUGAGCCCUGAAAACAGCCGGAAUGUGGAAGGACAGAAAGUGAAUCAAGUACAAUCAUCUGUAGCUGAUCCCUACGCCAUUCCUGGUCAAAUUUAUCUUAACUGACACUGCGUCAUCUCGAAGUAACAAUUUGUAUCUUUGCGAUGAUGAAUAUUCCUUCAUUUGGCCAAUCAACUGAAACAUGGCAUGCAGUACCUGUAAAUACAUAAUCCCUACGCCAUUCCUGGUCAAAUUUAUUGUAGCUAACACUGCGUUAAUCUCGAAGUAACAAUUUAUAUCUUUGCGAUGAUGAGUAUUCCUUCAUUUGGCAAAUCAACUGAGGGUUGGCACCGAAUACCUGUAAAUACAUAAUACUGGACAAGUGCUCUUUAUUACUAUGAAAAUGAUAAAGGCCAAAGAAAAACACUGGAUUACUGUAUUUACGGCACAAUCCACCAUGCUUACCGACUACAAUAUAGCAUAAAACUAGAUGUAAACUUGGCAUUCCAUACGUUUUACCAACAAUGAUUAUUCUUAUAUAUACCCAAUACCUUGUACAGUUUAAUAAGUAUUGUUUAGAUAAUAUAGAGGAUAUUACAUGGGCGCGCAGAGAGAUUUUCAACACGAGAAGAUAAAAUUUGUAUCGGCAAGCGACCACUAUUUAAUAUUCUGUUUAUCAUAUAGUUACACAAGUAAAUUAUGUCAGUCGUAAAAUACCUUUUUUCUUACUUCCACUAUAUAGAGAAACCUCGAAUGUGUUAUUUUCACUAGUGAAAAUAUCAUUUUUACGAAAUGGAGAUAUAUCGGUAUUUAAUCGAUAAUUAUAUGAUAAAACAAGAUAAUAGGAAUAACUUCUUUAUCAGUUUUGAGCCACUAUAAUCAUAAAAUCAUGCGCGCUCAGAAAUAAAAAGCAUAUGGCUUUUUUUACUACAUUUCACAUUUCUUCUGUGAGUUCCAUUCUUGGUUCAUUAGGAGAUUUUCUAAUUGGAGUAUAUCUUCAUUUAUAAUUCUGCAUUCAAUUCAGAUGAUUACACAACGAGGCCCUUUUGCUUCAUGAGUAUUAAAGAGGAUUAAAGUUAGUUUUAACUCA